UGUCUCGUUUUGAGUUUUGUCUGUCAGUCAGAAUUUCAGAUUAUCUUGGGAAUGGAAAUUGUAAAUAAAACAAUACUGGUUGUGAAUUUGUCUUACUGAUUUAUUUCCAAAGCUCAGUGGUUACAUAAUGACAGCAUAAUUCAAGUAAAGCUAAUCAAUCAUUUCGUUUCUGACAUUCGCUAAAAUAAAUAUGCUAAGUUAUGCACGUCACCGUUGAACUGUUAUAGUAUAAAUUCAGGCAUCCAAAUACAAUAUGAUUUCAAUGUGAAUCAGCUUAUGUAAACCAGUCAUAGUCAACUAAAUUCUAGACUAUGAUUAUGAAAUUUAAAUGGACAUAAAAUGCAUGGAUCUCGGCGUGUUAUAACAUUUUGCCUGUUGACAACAGUCCUGCCCUCAAUUUUGAUUAUUUUGCCUUUGUAUUUAAGAAAUAUAAAAUAUGCAGAUGUUAUGUAUAAAAUAUCAGAUUCAGAUGUUAUUCAAAUUCAUAAAGGUCAAUCAUCAGUAUUUUGUGAGAAACAUUCAUUAAAAAUGAAUACUACCUUCAGUGCAUUCCAAAUGAAAGGAACACCUGAAAUAUCUAAUAAGAGAAAACAUAUUCGACUAAAAAAGUCAAUGAUCUUACCUGAUGAUACAUUAGAAUAUUGGGGCUUUUAUUUAUUAAGAGGUGCUUUAGUGGAAUUAAAAGCAUGUUCUCAACAUGAAGGCUCGAAGAUUCUUGUUGUUAAAGGAGAUAGAAUAUUGAAUACCUGUGGACUUUUAGAUGGAUUUAAUAAGCAGGGCAAAGAUCUUCCUAAAGUUGAGCACCAAGGAGUACUUGUCACAUUAGAGAAACCCGAUGGAAGACUGAAAACCAAUAAUACUCAAUACUACAAAACCACAAAUACUGAAGAUUUGUUCAGUAACCUUGAUGAUAAGAACAAAACAAAUAAAAUGGUAAAUAAUUCCAUAAACAAUCAUAAUGAUGAAAAAAGGCUUAAGAGAGAUAUUAAUAGUAUACCAUUGCAUAAUCCGAACACAUUGUUAGAUACUGGUGUUUACCAUGGGGGUAAUGCUUUCAACAGCACUGUGAAACUGCAGGAGCCUGUGUCUAGAUUUGAAAGUAAUUUGUAUGAAUGUUUUCAUAACAAAAUUUUAAUGAACCACCUAUUCCCCUUCUCCAUGCAAUGUAACAGCACAAAUUACUUAGAAAAUACUACCAUUCUCAAAGUAGUUCAUGAAGUACUGCUUGAUGGAUAUUAUUAUUAUAUAUUCUAUACUGAUAAUGGAAUUAAUGACAUACAUGCAAUUUUCGAUAUUUAUAAACCAACAUUCCAAUAUGUAAACAAUUCUGAUUCCAAAGUAUGUGUUAACAAAACUGAAUGUGAAUUCAAUAUAGAUUUCUUCAGUGACGAGUUAGUUAUAGUUGAAAAACCUACAAAAGAGGGCUUACAAAAUGAAGAAAGCGAUUCUUCAAUCCUCAUAUCUAUGUGUCAUCCUCGAAUGUCUGUUUACAUAUUUUUUCCUAUUUCUGUCCUUUUACUCAUAUUACUUUUUGCAUUUUUAUGAUAUUUGUUGAAAGUGUUAUUCCAUUUAAUUUUAGUGAACAUGAACAUUACCAGAAGUGUGAUAUUAAUUUAUUAGGAUUUUGAAGUUUUAAUGAUGUUAAAUAGUGGUUAUUAUAUGUUGUAUAAUUAUAUUAGGAAUAAUAAAUAUUGACUGUUGUGAAUAAUAUAACGUGAAAGAAAACUGAUUAGACACU